GCUCAUUCUGCUCUUCCAGGGCGGGUGGACGCUGGGUCUUCACCCGCCUUAGAUUAGAUCCCCCAGCUCGGGUCUCGUGUUGCUAGUGAAGAAACCUUGCAUGUCCGUGCGGCUUCUGGCCCAGGCCCAGGGUGGGCUGGCGUCGCGGUGUCUCUGUGGCCGAGCCGCCGUGGGGGAUGUAGGCGAGAGCAGAGAGUACCUUUUCCGGCUGUUUCAACCAGCUUCCUUCAGUCCCCUCAGAGUCCCGACCCUUUACUCUUCUGUGUGGGCCCCACCACCUUGCACACCAGCAAACACCUCUCUCUUCAAGCCGGAGGGCUGCAGGUUAAGCCUGCGCUGGGGAGCUGUCAGCAUAUGGAAUUGGAAAAGGUUAUCUGGGAACAAAGCAGGACAAGUCUGGGCACCUGAAGGAUCUACCGCGUUCAAGUGUCUGCUCUCAGCAAGGUUAUGUGCUGCUCUCCUGAGCAACAUCUCUGACUGUGAUGAAACAUUCAACUACUGGGAACCAACACACUACCUCAUCUAUGGGAAGGGGUUUCAGACUUGGGAAUAUUCCCCAGCUUAUGCCAUUCGCUCCUAUGCUUACCUGUUGCUUCACGCCUGGCCAGCUGCAUUUCAUGCAAGAAUUUUACAAACUAAUAAGAUUCUUGUCUUUUACUUUUUACGAUGUCUGCUGGCUUUUGUGAGCUGUAUAUGUGAACUUUACUUUUACAAGGCUGUGUGCAAGAAGUUUGGGCUGCAUGUGAGUCGAAUGAUGCUAGCCUUCUUGGUUCUCAGCACUGGCAUGUUUUGCUCAUCAUCAGCAUUCCUUCCUAGCAGCUUCUGUAUGUACACUACAUUGAUAGCCAUGACUGGCUGGUAUAUGGACAAAACUUCAUUUGCUGUGCUUGGAGUAGCAGCUGGGGCUAUCUUAGGCUGGCCAUUCAGUGCAGCUCUUGGUUUACCUAUUGCCUUUGAUUUGCUGGUCAUGAAGCACAGGUGGAAGAGUUUCUUUCAUUGGUCGCUGGUCGCCCUAAUGAUCUUUCUGGUGCCUGUGGUGGUCAUUGACAGCUACUAUUACGGGAAGCUGGUGAUAGCACCACUCAACAUUGUUUUGUAUAAUGUCUUUACUCCUCAUGGACCUGAUCUUUAUGGUAUAGAGCCCUGGUAUUUCUAUUUAAUUAAUGGAUUUCUGAAUUUUAAUGUAGUCUUUGCUUUGGCUCUCUUGGUCUUACCACUGACUUCUCUUAUGGAAUACCUACUGCAGAGAUUUCAUGUUCAGAAUUUAGGCCACCCAUAUUGGCUUACCUUGGCUCCAAUGUAUAUUUGGUUUAUAAUUUUCUUCAUCCAGCCUCACAAAGAGGAGAGAUUUCUUUUCCCUGUAUAUCCACUUGUAUGUCUCUGUGGUGCUGUGGCCCUUUCUGCACUUCAGAAAUGUUACCACUUCGUGUUUCAGCGAUACCGCCUGGAGCAUUAUACUGUGACAUCGAAUUGGCUGGCGUUGGGAACACUCUUCCUGUUUGGGCUCUUAUCUUUUUCUCGCUCUGUGGCACUGUUCAGAGGGUAUCACGGGCCCCUUGAUUUGUAUCCAGAAUUUCACCGAAUUGCCACAGACCCAACCGUCCACACUGUCCCAGAAGGCCGGCCUGUUAACGUCUGUGUAGGAAAAGAGUGGUAUCGAUUUCCCAGCAGCUUCCUUCUGCCCGAUAAUUGGCAGCUUCAGUUCAUUCCAUCAGAGUUCAGAGGCCAGUUACCAAAACCAUUUGCAGAGGGACCACUGGCCACCCGGAUUGUUCCUACUGACAUGAAUGACCAGAACCUAGAGGAGCCAUCGAGAUAUAUUGACAUCAAUAAAUGCCAUUAUUUAGUGGAUUUGGACACCAUGAGAGAAACACCCCGGGAGCCAAAAUAUUCAUCCAGUGGAGAAGAAUGGAUCAACUUGGCCUACAGACCAUUCCUUGAUGCAUCUAGACCGGAGAAGAGUAGAACCAACUUUCAGGAAGAAUUGAAAAUCCCGGGACUGGAUGGCUGUGUUGAGCUGUUCUGCACACUCUGGCUUGGCAUCCAAGAACUAGCCUCCCAUGAGCCGUAUGAGCUUCUCCACCAAAGCUCUUUGGCAGCUCGUAGCAGACCUUCUCGUUCCAAUCCUAGUGCUGAAAAUGAGCACAGCCUAGUUGCCAACCUACAUGUCCUUUUCACCUCCAGCAAGACUAAGCUUUUCUAAAGCACGUCACAGGACCAGGACCCUACCCUGGAGGUAUCUCAGGAAAAAGGCAACCAGUUGAGGAACUGUGGCUUAAUUUCAUUACAUAAGAUGCCUCUUGCUUUCAUCUUAUUUCCUUUACAACAAACUGUAAAACUCUAUGGGUUUGGGUUUUUGUUUGUUUGUUUGUUUUUUAAGUUUUAGCAUGCUGUUUCUUGAAUUCAAGACUUCCCUGUAUAAAGGUAUCAACAGACCAGACUAUAACUGCACAGGACAUACGUGGAGAAAAUUAACUCUCUCAGUUGGUAGAUUUGGAUGACAUCACAUUUGAAAGUAAUUUAUUCUGAGGCCAUUUCUGAGGAAAUUAAGAAUCUCCCUUUUUUAAACAACCCUAGUGAAAAAGACCAGUGUAUAUUCAUGGCACCUGUUUUUGAGUAUGUCUGUUGCAAAGCGCAUCCUGCAUGGGGCACCUCUAGUCAAAUAGGCAAUGCUAAGGACUUAAUUAAAACAUAAGUAUAUACUUUACUUUGCUUUUACACACAGUAUUUCAUAGUUUACAAAGCACUCUCACAUUAUCUCGUUUGAUCCUCACAGUCAUGAUGUGAGGUAGACAAAGCAAAUGGUUUUAUCCCCAGUUUACAGAUGAAGAAACUGAGACUGUGGGGCAGGGGGUAGGGGGAGGUAAGGUGACUUGCCCAAGGCCACACAGCCAAUAAGUAGUAGCGCUAGGACCAGAACCUGGGUUGCCUGACUUCUCAUCCCGUGCUCGUCCCUACUCCUGACUUGACUGUGAAAACAUUACUUGAAAGAACGAUGAGGUUGGCCAGAGACCUAAUUGAUAACGUAACUUUCUAUUUUAAGGAAGAAUUUUAUCUGUGUUUCUGUGAGUUCUUUGGAGCGUCCAGUCUGCCUGUUGGUUAGGCCAUCGUAGCGGUGCUCCGGGAUGCAGCCUGGCCUGUGGCAGGAAAGUAGUGCUCAUGUUUGGAAGUCAAGCUCCUUUGAAGCCACGCAGGAUCCAAUACCAGGUCCAUUCCUAUAGUCAAUCUGGGGUCACAUUAUAGUGCCUUAUUUACCUAAGGGUGAUUGUGUCUAGUAUCUGCAAAUAGGGUGCAUUCAUUUUUCAGAGUUUCCAUCUUUCAUUUUUCAAAGAGAAGGGAUUUUCAGUAGGAACUGAUCCCAAGAGAGGAGAAGGGACAAGGGAAGAAAUGGCUAGUUACCAUAGGAAGAGUCCUCGUUCGGAUCCCCUCUAAAGGAAUAUCUGGGGAGGGGUUGAAGAAUUGUGAGUCAGUAGGUCUAGAUAGCAUAGAACAAUGAUAACUGGAGAGUGAAGAUAAACUGGGGUCCCACUCGCUGCUUUAAAGAUUUCUGUAUUUAAUCUUCAAUACUCGAUUACUGUUUCCCAAGGCAAAUAUUGGCACAUGUGGUCUGACUAUAGGAUAGAGAAUUUUUAGUGAAAUAUCUUGCCAUACCUGCAGUAAUAGUACACUGUCCUUCACAGUGGCUAGAGCUCUCU